GUACGCGAGUCAAUGACAGAUCUGCGUCCGCGCGUGUUUCUGCUGGGCUUUUUACAGUUGUUCGGUGACGGUGCGGAUGUUCCCGGGUGAGCUGCUCGGUUCUCCUUGUGUGUGUGGAUGAUAGAUUACUGAUGUGUUUAUAAUGGGUGAGUCUGUGAAGCGGGUCGGCUGGACGCGCACUCUGGCGUUCACCGUGUGUUCUGCAGCCAUCGGAGGCACGUUUCAGUACGGCUACAACAUCUCCAUCAUCAACGCUCCCACUGCGCAUGUGCAGAGCUUCAUCAACGCCAGCUGCGUGCGGCGCGGGGCGGCGCUGGACCCGGCGCGGGUGACGCUGGUGUGGACACUGGCGGUGUCGGUGUUCCCGCUCGGGGGCCUGCUGGGCUCUCUGCUGGCGGGGCCCAUGGCGGUGCGGUGCGGCCGGAGAGGAGCGCUGCUGCUUAAUAACAUGUUCCUGCUGCUCGGUGCGCUGCUGGCCCUGAGCUGCCGUGCUGCCGGCUCCUUCGAGAUGCUGAUCGCUGCCCGUCUGCUGGUGGGCAUCAACGCGGGCGUCAGCAUGAACGUGCAGCCCAUGUACUUUGGCGAGAGCGCACCGAAGCAUCUGCGCGGCGCCGUGGCCUUCUCCUCCGCGGUGUUCACGGCGCUGGGCAUUCUGAUGGGGCAGCUGGCGGGCCUGACGGCAGUGCUGGGCAGUGAGGAGCGCUGGCAUUACCUGCUGUCCAGUAAUGCGCUGCCCGGCCUGCUGCAGCUGCUGCUCCUGCCCUGCUGCCCCGAGAGCCCGCGCUUCCUGCUGAUCGACCGCGGCGACAGCGACGCCUGCGCCCGAGCCCUCGCCCGCCUGCGCACUGGCAGCACCGCCGCAGAGAUGGAGGAGCUGCUGCAGGAGCGGGCACAGGCGGGCGACGCGCAGGCCAAGACUCUCUGGCAGCUGUUCGCGGACCGCAGCCUCCGCCGCCAGCUCUGCAUCGUGAUGACGGCCAGUAGCGCCAUGAUGCUCUGCGGGAACGACUCCAUCUACUUCUACGCCUCCUACAUCUUCCAGCAGGCGGGCAUCCCCUCCGCCAGCAUCCAGUAUGUGACGGUAGGCACGGGCGCCUGCGAGUUCCUCUCUGCUGUCACCUGUAAUCUGCUGAUCGAGCGGGUGGGCCGACGCCCCCUACUGGCCGGAGGAUAUCUGCUGAUGUCCUGCUGGGCCGUGGUGUUCACGGUGGCGCUGUCUCUGCAGGACGCGGUGCCCGGGAUGCCCUACCUCAGCAUGACCUGUGUGUUCGCCUACAUCCUGAGCUUCGGCAUGGGCCCCGCAGGGGUCACUGGGAUCCUGCCCGCAGAGCUCUUCCAGCAGACGGAGCGUCCCGCUGCCUACAUGAUCGCCGGCUCCAUGAUGUGGCUCUGCCUGUUCCUGGUGGGUAUGGCCUUCCCCUUUAUAGUGACGGGUCUGGGCCAGUUCUGCUUCCUGCCCUUCUGUGGCGUCUGCGUGGCCGGCUGUGUGUUCAUCAGCUGCAGCUUACCGGAGACCAAAGGGCGGACGCUGGCGGAGAUCACGGCGGAGUUCAAGAAGCGCAGCGGGGCUGCAAGUGGACGACCGCGAUAUGCAGAGCAGCCGCAGACUGACGCAACAGAACAUAUACAGAUGUGACCGACCCGAGUCAACACAUCUAGAUUUGACCGACCCAACACAUCCAGAUCUGACCGACCCAACACAUCCAGAUCUGACCGACCCAACACAUCCAGAUCUGACCGACCCAACACAUCCAGAUCUGACCAACCCAAUCACAUCUAGAUCUGACUGACCCAUCACAUCUAGAUCUGACUGACCCAUCACAUCCAGAUCUGAUUGACUCAACACAUCCAGAUCUGACUGACCCAACACAUCCAGAUCUGACCAACACAACACAUCCAGAUCUGACUGACCCAUCACAUCUAGAUCUGAUUGACUCAACACAUCCAGAUCUCACCAACCCAACACAUCCAGAUCUGACUGACCCAACACAUCCAGAUCUGACCAACCCAACACAUCUAGAUUUGACCGACCCAAUACAUCCAGAUCUGACCAACCCAACACAUCUAGAUUUGACCGACCCAACACAUCUAGAUCUGACUGACCCAACACAUCCAGAUCUGACCGACCCAACACAUCUAGAUUUGACCGACCCAACACAUCUAGAUUUGACCGACCCAACACAUCCAGAUCUGACUGACCCAUCACAUCUAGAUCUGACUGACCCAUCACAUCUAGAUCUGACUGACCCAACACAUCCAGAUCUGACCGACCCAACACAUCUAGAUUUGACCGACCCAACACAUCUAGAUUUGACCGACCCAACACAUCCAGAUCUGACUGACCCAUCACAUCUAGAUCUGACCGACCCAACACAUCUAGAUCUGACUGACCCAACACAUCUAAAUUUGACUGACCCAACACAAAUCUGGAUCUGACUGAUUAUUCCCAUAUAUAGGUGUGUGUGUGUGUGUGUGUGUGUGUGUGUGUGUGUGUGUGUGUGUGUGUGUGUGUGUGUUUAAUGUACUCGGUCAGUAUUUUAACUCUGUUUAUUCAGUUAUGCUUAUUGAACAGCUUCAUCUUGUCCAGAUGAAAUUACAGUAAAAUUAUUUUAGAUUUGAUUUCCAAAUUAAAUAAGCACACACACACACACACACACACACACACACACACACACACACACACACACACACACACACGUGUAUGUGGGAAUAAUUAAAAGACCAUUUUAAGGUGUUAUUUUGUGUCCUAAAUGAGAUUAUUUUAUUGAAAUUGUCAGAGAAAUGUCAACAGUAAUUUUCAGAACAAAACCAAAAUGCUGAAUUACCCGACUCAUAACGACAAUCUAAAUCCACAGAAACGGAACAUUUAAAGUGAUCUGAAUAAACUUUUAUUUAAAUAGUAAAUCUGUUGAUAUAUAUUCAUGUAUGUUUAAUGUGUUGAUCUAUUUGUUACAGGAUGCACUUUGAGCUGCAGCUGAUGUAAACUUGUUGCACUUCGGACUUUAAUUAAUGAAACCACAUAAUUUAUAUUAAUUUAUUUUUUUAUCUAUUGUUUGUAUUUAUCAUCUGUUUUAUCUUCUGCUAUUGAACUGUUGAAAUGCUGCAUGUGCGAGAUCAACGCAUGCUGGGGGUUUAUUUAUGUAUUUAUUUAGACAGGUGCUGUUCUUCAUCAGAGAUGCUCUUUUUGUACUGUUUCCAAGGAUACUUGAAUUUGGAUGUCUGCAGAAGUGAAUGUUUACCUCAUGUGUUUUACCUCAUCAGUGUCUCCUAAUCUAAUGGCGUCCGUUAUUUAUUGGUAAAGAGUAACUUAUCCUGAAAGCCAUGCAUUAUAUUAUCCUUCUGUCCUGCAAUAAUUAGACUAACACCGUUAUUACUGUGAGAUCUUGCAGAUUUCACUCAGUGCACCAGCAGGUGGCGCUAUAUUACCAUUCUGCUUCUGUUUUAUUCUUCCUGCACUUUUGUCUUCCUAAUGAAUGUAUAAAUUUAACCAAAAGACAAUCAGCAUCAACACUAAAUCACUUAUUGUGUGCCUUAUUAGUUUUGCACUUAUUUGCUGCUUACUAACCAGCCUGAAGAUCAUCGUCUAUUCAAGACAAUGAAAUGCAAUAGUGAAUAUUAAUAUUGAACUAUAAUUGUAUGUAGAAUGGAUAUUAAUCUGUCUUAAUGCUGUUUCUGCUGUGUUCAGCUGGUGAAGAAGCUGAAGAUGCCUUUACUCCUGUAUGUGAUUAAACUCUGCACAUGACUGA